AAAGUUUGAGGGGCGGCGGCGGCGGCAGGCAGGCGCGGGGGACACAGGGGCCGCUGGCGGAGCCGCGCCGCCGCCCGAGUCAUUCCACUUGAAGUGACUUCAUGUGAUGUCAGCUGAAUGUAAAAGACAGUGAUCUCACGCGGAGGGGAAGAUGUUUGCCAUCAAAAUGUGACAGAGGCAACGCGCUGCAUGGCUCGGAAGGCAUCUCCGUGGCGGUGGGGGAAAGAGACUUAGAGGAGAGAGGCUGCGCCCCGGCCCAGUCUGCUCGGCUCGGAGCGCCAUGGCCAGCUCGGCUUCCCUGGAGACCAUGGUGCCCCCGGCCUGUCCCCGAGCCGGAGCGUCACCGGCCACUUCCAAGACGCUGGCCUUCUCCAUCGAGCGCAUCAUGGCUAAGACGUCGGAGCCCCGUGCGCCCUUUGAGCCCCGGCCGGGGGCCCUGGAGGCAGACAGCGGCCAGGGCAAGAAACUGCUCAACCUCUGCUCGCCGCUGCCCUGCAUGAUCCCCCUGCAGCCCCUGGGCUACGACAUGCCGUCCAAGACGCUGCUCAGCUACUCCGAGCUCUGGAAAGGCACCCCCGCCGCCCUGGCGCCCCACCCCAAGCUCUUUUUGCUGGAGAACGCCAAGUUGGCCGGCCUGGCCGCGGACAAGUUCCCCCACCCGGCGCCCUACGCCCAUAAGGAGCGCCUGCCCGCGCCGCUGGAGCAGGUGCUGAAGGAGAACUCGGCCCUGUCCGCCGAGCGCAGCGGCGUCAAGGGCCACGGCAAGCUGCCCGGUGCCUCCGCGGACGGGAAGCCGAAAAACUUCACCUGCGAGGUGUGCGGCAAGGUGUUUAACGCUCACUAUAACCUCACCCGCCACAUGCCGGUCCACACCGGAGCCAGACCGUUCGUGUGCAAAGUCUGCGGCAAAGGCUUCCGCCAGGCCAGCACGCUGUGCAGACACAAAAUUAUCCACACCCAGGAAAAGCCUCAUAAAUGCAACCAGUGCGGCAAAGCUUUCAACCGCAGCUCCACGCUCAACACGCACAUCCGCAUCCACGCGGGCUACAAGCCCUUCGUCUGCGAAUUCUGCGGCAAAGGCUUUCACCAGAAAGGGAACUACAAGAACCACAAGCUGACCCACAGCGGCGAGAAGCAGUACAAGUGCACCAUCUGCAACAAGGCCUUCCACCAGGUCUACAACCUGACCUUCCACAUGCACACGCACAACGACAAGAAGCCCUUCACCUGCGCCACCUGCGGCAAGGGCUUCUGCAGGAACUUUGACCUCAAGAAGCACGUGCGCAAACUCCACGACAGCGCGGGCCCUGCCACCCCCUCCACCAAGGACCUGACGCGGACCGUGCAGAGCUGAGAGCUACGGCCUCGCCCUCCCUUCGACCCGACCCAACCCCCAGACAGAUCACACCUAUAAACUCAUGUCUAAAAUUAAGAGGGGG